AUGAGAGCGCUUGCCGCGUUGCGCGCGAAAUACAGGCUCAUCUCGCACACCAUUCACCAACGGAUUCUAGACGCUGCAUACCUGCCCACCCUCCUCCGCUCCAUCCGCGCCGCCCUUUUCCCCAAUAACGCCCCAGGGAUCUCGACCUUGGUGGCCCCCUCUUCCGACGAAGAGCUGCGUGCUUUGCGCCGCAGGUGCGCUAGCGCGCUUCUGGCCAGAAUCCCGUCCUGGCUGUCCAAGCUCUAUUUGGGCGGGCGUGGCCUUGGUCUCCGGUGGCGGUCCGGUCCGGACUCGAAAACAGCAGGACCUGGUCCUGGUCCCAACGAAGACGACACCGCCGGCGGCGGUAGCAGGGAUAGCAGCGCUGAGGCGGUCGCCACUGCAACUAUCGAUUGUGAUGGCCCAGGUGAUGACAGCGGUACCAAAUCGCACCUUGACGCGAAUGACGGGGAGGAGGAGGAUCAGCGGCGGAUGCUAUCCGAGAUUGAGGAGGGUAUACUUGACGUCUUCUCGGAUGAAUAUUGCAAUAAGCAUUUCGUCUACGGCUUGUUGGAGCUGGUUCUGACAAGGUUGAUGCCCGAAUUGGCGGAGAAGGGCGUGGUAGAGCUCUUGGAGGAACGCUUGAGUUUAUGA